AUUGCUCGCUGAAGUAAUCCAACACGGGGUUCUUCUUCGUGGUUAUCAGGUUUUCCAAAAGCUUUAACAAGUGCGAAACGCGAUUUAUGAACAAAUUGUAGCCCCCAACAGAAACCGAAUCCAGAAUAUUAAAAAGCAAUUGCUUUGCAAUAAGAGUCGUUUCUGACUUCAAUUUGUAAAACCCUAAUUAAGUUUCAAUCACAGGUUUAAAGAGAAAACAUGGGCGAGGAAUUGUUCACUGCAAUUGACAUUGAAUCUGCAGCCCAGAAUACCCUUCUGCGUGAACAAGAAAUUGAAACCCAAAGAGUUCUACAAGUUCAAAGAGAGGCAGGUGAAGCGCGUGCAACUCCAAAAGAUGAUACAGAUAUUUUUGCUGAUCGCCGUGAUCCCAGUGCUUUAAAGGAGCAUCUACUGAAGAUCACCAGUGAACAUCGUGCAGAAAUGGCUUUAAAGCGCGGGAAACCUGCUGUUGUUGAAGAAGGACAUGUAGAAAUUGGUAAUGGCUAUGGUGUACCUGGUGGAGGGGCAUAUUAUGGUUCUUCAAGGCCAGAACUUAAUACAGAGUCUGAAAAGAAGUCUGCUACUAAGGAACUCCCUGAGUACCUUAAGCAGAAGCUGAGAGCAAGGGGUAUUCUUAAAGAUGACACAGGAAAAGGCGAUCCGUUAAAAGAUGACACUAAUUUGGAGACAAGUUCAACUCAACCUGUUAAUAUUGGAAAGUUGCCUUCUGGAUGGGUGGAAGCAAAAGAUCCCACCAGUGGUUCUACAUAUUAUUACAAUGAAAGCAUUGGAAAGAGUCAGUGGGAAAGGCCUAUUGAAAUGUCUUCAAUUACACAAAUGCCGUCACCUCUACUUCUUCUAGAAGACUGGGUUGAGGCAUUGGAUGAAACUUCUGCUCAAAAGUAUUACUACAAUACAAAGACCAAUGUGUCACAGUGGGAGCAUCCUAUUUCUUCACAGAUUGUUGCCUCACAACAACGCUGUAACAUCUCAGAUUCUGGAAAUCAUGGUUGGAAUGAUCAAUCAUCUGAGCGAAAGAAAUGCUUGGGAUGUGGUGGAUGGGGAGUAGGCCUUGUACAAGAAUGGGGCUUUUGCAAUCAUUGCACACGAGUUCUGAAUCUUGCACAGUGCCACAGCUCAACAUCUAGUUUCAAUAACCAGCAGCGGACCAGCAAUCUUGGAAAUGUCAAAAGAGAUUUUGAUAAAAAGGAUUCGAAGCAGAGGUCCAAUUUGAAACCUCCUGUGGCCAAAGGAAACAGAAGAGAAAGCAGAAAGCGUGCAUAUAUUGAAGAUGAUGAGUUGGAUCCUAUGGACCCAAGCUCUUAUUCAGAUGCUCCCCGUGGUGGUUGGGUUGUUGGCCUGAAAGGAGUGCAGCCACGAGCAGCCGACACUACUGCUACAGGUCCUCUGUUUCAACAACGGCCAUACCCAUCUCCAGGAGCUGUCUUGCGAAAGAACGCUGAAAUUGCUUCGCAAGCCAAAAAAUAUGGUUCUCAUUAUGCACCUAUCUCAAAGAAAGGGGAUGGGAGUGAUGGGCUUGGUGAUGCAGACUGAGGUUCUGAUUGAAAUAGUGUGGAUUUGUGAAAAUGGAUGGUGGUUUCAGGGCUGGAACUAACGGUGACAUGAAAGUAGGAGGCCGGUGUAGCUGUGAGCGGAGGCUAAUUGGUUUCAGGCAUUUUGGGUUUUUCCGUCAACAAAUGUCCAUUUCAUGGUUUUGCAAGAGAAUGGUCGGACUAGCAGUGUAGCAUGGAAUGCCUGCGCCUGCUUUGCAGGAAAUGAAACGGUUUCUCCAACACACUUGUGCAUUCUGCAGUUUUGUAUGGUUCAUCAUGUACUUUAUACUCCCCUUUCUUCCUGUUCUUUUUAUAUAUUUAUUUUAAAAUAUGAUUCAUAAUAACUCUUAGGAUCCAAGAUUAUUAUUAUUAUUAUUAUUAUUAUUAUUAUUUUAAUUUCACUGUUAAUUAACUGGCAUUGGAUAAUAGAAUAAUUUUAUUUUUUUAAGAAAUAAAUUUCUUGUCCCUUCGGUGUGA